ACAACAAAUUUGUCAGUUAUCAGCAGGAUCCAUACCACUCAGAUUAAGCUUUUUCACCCCCAGGUCCCUGAAAAGAAACAAGAGUGCUAAUCCAUCAAGGCUCCAGGAGAUCAUAACUCCACGACUUACUUUGAUGAAUAUACUGAAAUACUCAAGAUGGGUAGCAACAAUACUAGCAAUGCUGAGACUUUCUGCGGUACUAAUGUGACAUUUCAGUACUCCCUCUAUGCAACCACCUACAUCCUCAUAUUCAUUCCUGGUCUUCUGGCUAAUAGUGUAGCCUUGUGGGUUCUAUGCCGUUUUAUCAGCAAGAAAAAUAAAGCCAUUAUUUUCAUGAUCAACCUCUCUGUGGCUGACCUUGCCCACGUGCUGUCCUUGCCCCUCCGGAUUUACUAUUAUAUCAACCAUGACUGGCCUUUCCAGAGGGCCCUUUGUCUGCUGUGCUUCUACCUGAAAUAUCUCAACAUGUAUGCCAGCAUUUGCUUCCUGACGUGCAUCAGCCUUCAGAGGUGCUUCUUUCUCAUCAAGCCCUUCAGGGCCAGAAACUGGAAGCGUAGGUAUGAUGUGAGCAUCAGUGCUGCCAUCUGGGUCAUCGUGGGAGCUGCCUGUUUGCCGUUUCCCAUCCUGAGAAGCACGGGCUUAGCCAACACUAAGUUAUGCUUUGCUGAUCUUGGUUACAAGGAAAUGAAUGCAGUGGCUUUAGUUGGGACGAUUACAGUUGCUGAGCUGGCAGGUUUUGUGGUUCCAGUAGUCAUUAUUGCAUGGUGUACCUGGAAAACUACCAUAUCUUUGAGACAGCCAUCAAUGGCUUUCCAAGGAAUCAGUGAGAGACAGAAAGCACUUCGAAUGGUUUUCAUGUGUGCUGCAGUCUUCUUCAUAUGCUUUACUCCCUAUCAUAUUAACUUUAUUUUUUACACCAUGGUAAAGGAAACCAUCAUUAGCAGUUGUUCCAUUGUCAAAAGCACACUGUAUUUUCAUCCUUUUAGUCUAUGCCUUGCAAGUCUCUGCUGCCUUUUGGAUCCAAUUCUCUAUUACUUCAUGGCCUCAGAGUUUCGUGACCAACUAUCACGCCAUGACAGCUCUGUGACCCGUUCCCGCCUCAUGAGCAGGGAGAGUGGUUCAUCAAUGAUUGGCUAAAAAUAAAAUAACUUUUCAAUUACAACUUUGUUUAACUGUUUCCU